AAAUGUAUUAUUCAGCUCUCGUUCACAUCAGUUUAUUUAAAUGCAAAUGCAGAGAUGUGGGGAGUCAGAAGGGGGUGAGGGGGCAAGGAUCAGUGCAACGAGAAAUGUGAUUCAACUUUUUGUGUUGUUCUUUGCAAAGCCUUUGCGUUCCCAUGGGUACAAGCAGCAAGGAGCUCCACAGCUGAAGUUCCUCUUUUCAGAUGGGGUUCCCUGAUUGCUGAGGAGAAUCUGAAGAGGAAUUUGGAUAACUAGAACAUUGACCCUCAAUGCAAACCCAUCCCGUAUGCUAUAAUGGUGUCUCUUUAAUUGGUUUUCAUGUGGUUUGCGUUGGUUGAUUUGUGUGCGAACACUACAUCUGAUGUGAGGUUAGUUUUGGAACCAUUUUCUAAGCUGUCUUUGCUUUAUAGUGUGUAAACUGUGGCAUGUGCCUGGGAUUAGGACAUUUCAUUGAGGAUUUUAGCAGCACCCCGAUGGUUAUAUGCUUGGAAAGAGAACUUCAUGGCCUGAACUUCAAGCAACACUUUGUUUGCUGGGACGUUUUCAGUUUGCAGCUGAAAGAUGUUCCAGUUCAUCCGGAAACAAAUUCACAAUCACCUUGUGGAGCGGAAAAUUAGGAGAACUCGUCUUGUUACAAAGGAUGGCCACUGCAACAUUAAAUUUGGGACUACUGAAUAUCACAACCAUUUUGCUUUCCUUAUGGACUUCUGGACUACUUUUGUUGAGAUUCAGUGGUGUUUUGUAAUUUUUUUAUUUGCCGCUGCUUUCACAGGAAGUUGGUUCAUUUUUGGUUUGCUUUGGUACUCGCUUGCAAAAAAUAACGGAGACUUAGAUGUUCUCCAGAACUCGUCGGAAUCCCAGCGGAUGAAAUGUAUAGAUAACAUUAACAGUCUCACGACUGCCUUCUUGUACUCUUUAGAGACCCAGACGACUAUUGGCUAUGGCGGUCGGGCUCUCACGGGUCACUGCCCGGGCACAGUCGCCUUGUUGAUCAUCCAGUCCCUCAUGGGCGCCAUCAUAAACUGCUUUAUGUGUGGACUCAUUUUGGCAAAGAUCUCUCUCCCGAAAAGAAGAGCAAAGACGGUAACCUUCAGUGAAACAGCGGUCAUUUGUCUUUGGAAGGGGAAUCUGUGCCUCCAGAUACGUGUGGCCAACCUACGAAAAACUCUUCUUAUUGGCAGCCACAUUUAUGGAAAGCUUCUCCGAACCACCAUCACUCCAGAGGGGGAAACCAUCAUACUCGAUCAGGUGAAUAUUGACUUUUUGGUGGAUGCUGGGAAGGACAACCUGUUCUUCGUUUGUCCACUUGCCCUGUACCACGUGAUCGACAAAUUCAGCCCGUUUUCCGAAAUGGCUGCGAACACUCUUCAGCAGCAGGACUUUGAGUUGGUGGUCUUCCUGGAUGGAACGGCUGAAUCCACCAGCUUGUCCUGCCAAGUCCGAACUUCCUACCUGCCACAGGAGAUCAAGUGGGGUUACAACUUCCUGCCCAUCAUCUCUCGCACCAAGGGUGGGAAAUACCGUGUCGACCUGUCCAACUUUUCCAAAACGGAGCCAGAGGUGACCCCACACUGCGCUUGUUGUUUCCACAAUGAACAUAACAAGGAACUCAUUCUCCACCGACACGAACGUGAAGGCAUCGAUAAUCUGGUAUUUGAUGUUAUUGACCUUCAAGACUCUUUUGAUGUAACUGAGAAGAGUGAUUAAGAGUUUGCUGCAGCAGCGACUGAUUAAAUACGCAGUAAACAUCCUGUGAUAUGGUGGCAUUUUGUACUGUAAAAGUUAGAUGCCACAUAAAAGAGGAGAGAGGAAGAGGAGGACUCGCUAUGUUAUGUACCUUGACAGACACAUUGGCUGUGUUCCAAAACCUAGUGAGCUGCCUGUGUAGGCAGACUUUAAAAGAAUCAUGCAUUUCUGACACAAAGCCUGUUCCAUAAGGUAGUGAUUGUAAAAACAAGAUGCCUUGUUUUGAUCAAACUGUUUUGAUCAAAAAAGAUGGUGGAUAAAUU